AGGUUUGGAGUCGGUCCUUGAGCCGUGGACACGGUCAUUCAGAAGAGAGUGGUGUCCUUCGGAGUGCAGCCGUCGGUGCGGGAAAUCGCUAGCCCGACAGUCUCACAAGGGGGAAGCGCGGGUGUAGGAGGGUCCUGCGCUCUCAAGAGAGAGCCGAGUCGCUUGUUCACUCCUACUCCCGGGCGAUUCAGAUUGACUCCUGGGUUCUCAGGGCCAAAGGUCAAGGCUACGCGGAUUCCAGAGCCCGCAGACACAAGAACUCUCUUCCUUUCCUCUAGACGGUGGGUGGGGAACCCUAAUUCCCUCUUCUUGCCCUCGCCCUGCUUAGCAGGUUUUGGGGAAAGAGAGAACUGAGUUUGUCCGGGGCCCAAGUGGCACCCUACUUCCUGGGCCCGCACCACCGAGGCUUUCCAGCCGCAUGGGGACAGCUGGCCCCUGCCUUGCCGGGAGGGGUGGGAGAGCAGCGGCUGCUAGCCGAGCGCGUGUAACCCCGAGGUGACUCGGGCCAGGCAGGCUUGCCCCUCCCCCUUCCGCGGGACGGCUGCGGGAGCUGAGCCGCAGGGGGUAGAGGGAGGUGCUGGCUCCAGACUCCCGUAGGUCGGUGUGCUCCGGCCGGCCGGGGGCGUCUCCUUCUCGGGGUCCCCCGUGCGCCUCCCGCUUUGGUGGGAGCUCUCCGAGUGCCUCUUUAGCGAGAGCCAAUAUCCUUUUGUGCUAAUAGGUUUGUCCUCAUUUGCUGCCUAAUUGGACUAUAUAAAGCCAAUAACAGGCGGGCUCUCAUAGCCCGAAGCCAAAGCGCCAAAAUCCGAGGGAAGGCGAGGAGGGGGGCGGUGGCAGAGGCGGCUGCGGGGCCCGGGCUCGGCUGCGCCUUGGCCGGCCUAAUCCCAUUUGCCAUUGUACGCGCCCAAUCGCCGUAUACUCCCCGCAUUUAACUUGGAUGACAUUUUGAUUUCAUCAUUAGCAUCCGGCGCCGGAUUGACGCAUCCCAAGCCGGGGACCGCUCUCGCAGCCUCCUCCCGGGGAGCCGCAGCUUCUACCCGGCCCCCUAGCUCCCUCGGCGCAGAGGCAGGUCCGCUCCCCGCCCCUCUGGACCCCUCCCCCAUGCGAGCCCGCCCCGGUCCGGUCCCCACCCCGCCCUCCCGCGGCUCGAUUCGCGCCCGGGGCGGCCCCCGACUUUGAGCCCCAUAGUUGAGUUCCGUUUAUGGUCUGAUUUCCGGCCCCUAGCCUGCUCGCCCCGCCGCCCGCCUGUCCCGCUCCCUCCCUCCGUGGGACCCGGAGGACUGGGGACCAUGCCGGAGCCCGGGCCGGACGCCUCGGGCACUGCCAGCGCGCCACCCCCGCAGCCGCCACCCCAGCCUCCCGCGCCCAAGGAAUCCCCGUUCUCCAUCAGGAACCUGCUCAACGGAGACCACCACCGGCCGCCCCCGAAACCUCAGCCGCCCCCACGAACGCUCUUCGCGCCAGCCUCGGCCGCCGCCGCCGCGGCCGCCGCUGCCGCCGCCGCAGCCAAGGGUGCCCUGGAGGGUGCCGCGGGCUUUGCGCUUUCGCAGGUGGGCGACCUGGCUUUCCCCCGCUUUGAGAUCCCAGCGCAGAGGUUUGCCUUGCCCGCGCACUACCUGGAGCGCUCCCCGGCCUGGUGGUACCCCUACACCCUGACCCCCGCCGGCGGCCACCUCCCGCGACCAGAAGCCUCCGAGAAGGCCCUCCUUCGAGACUCCUCCCCUGCGUCCGGCACCGACCGUGACUCCCCUGAGCCUCUGCUCAAGGCUGACCCCGACCACAAGGAGCUGGACUCCAAGAGCCCUGACGAGAUCAUUCUGGAAGAGAGCGACUCAGAGGAAGCCAAAAAAGAAGGCGAGGCCGUGUCUGGCGCGGCAGGGACGACUGUAGGGGCGACUUCGGCGACUCCGGGCUCCGAGGACUGGAAGGCGGGAGCCGAGAGUCCCGAGAAGAAGCCCGCGUGCCGCAAGAAGAAGACGCGCACCGUCUUCUCCCGCAGCCAGGUCUUCCAGCUCGAAUCCACCUUCGACAUGAAACGUUAUUUGAGCAGCUCGGAGCGUGCUGGCCUGGCCGCGUCGCUUCACCUCACCGAGACGCAGGUCAAGAUCUGGUUCCAGAAUCGUCGCAACAAGUGGAAGCGACAGCUGGCGGCCGAGCUGGAGGCUGCCAACCUGAGCCACGCCGCAGCGCAGCGCAUCGUGCGCGUGCCCAUCCUUUACCACGAGAACUCUGCCGCCGAGGGGGCAGCGGCGGCCGCGGGGGCUCCGGUGCCGGUCAGCCAGCCGCUGCUCACCUUCCCGCACCCAGUCUACUACUCGCACCCAGUGGUCUCGUCCGUGCCGCUGCUACGGCCGGUGUGAGACCGGAGAGGGGAGAGGGAGUGAGCACCCGGCCACCUUUCCGGGACCCCGGAGGAGACUGGGCUGGGCCAAGGGCGCCGAGGUAUGGCCAGCGGCCUUGGGAACCGGGCUUGGGCUCACUGUCUUGCCUCCCACCCCCCAAUAGCAUUUUGUAAGUAUUUGCAAUGCAUUUUCGUGCAAUUCAUUCCUAUGAAUUUGAGGCGCUUCUCCUCUUAUUUUUGGUUCUGCUUACCAUUGAGAGAAAACGGGGUGGGAGGGCGACGAAAUUCCUGGGUCAAACUUCCAACUGCAAGUUUUUUGAUAAAUGUGCAGCCCUCCACUUAAAUUUCCGUUGCGCU